AUGAAGCAAAAAGAAGAGAAAGCAGGGAGUGUUUUCAAUGGAGAUGUUGAGACAGCCAGAAACCCCACGGCGGAAGGAAAGAAGAAAAAGCUGCAGGCCCGCAACAAAGACAAACCAGCAAGCAAAAAGCAGGGGGAAAUAAUAAAAAUAAGAGAAAAGAUAGACACGCUCUUGGAAAAGAUAGAGCAGUUCGAGAAAACAGGAAGCGCCGAGGACGUGCAGGCUGUCUCCGCGCAGAAGGAAGGCGCAAAGCGUGCAGAUCCAGUGGCUGCUGAGGCGCCUUUGCCCAAGCAGGAGAGCUUCUCCCCGAAAGAGCCCGCACAAAAAAGAAGCAAGGACGUGCGCCCCUCCGAAAACGACAGCUCCAGAAGCUGGGAAAGCCUCAACUUGAAAAGAGAGGUUAUUAUGGGCAUCCAGAAAAAGGGGUUUGUGUGGGCGUCUCCGAUACAGGCAGCCACUAUCCCGCAUUCUCUUCGGGGGAGAAACAUUGUUGCGCGUGCUAAGAAUGGCACAGGAAAAACAGCCGCGUUUACAAUUCCGCUGCUGAGUAAAAUAAACCCAGGAAAAGUUGUGAUUCAGGCGCUCAUCCUUGUGCCCACGCGAGAGCUUGUCCUGCAAACGGCGAAGGUCUGCAGGGAGCUGGGGGAGUUUUUGCGCCUCAAAAUCCUCCCGCUCUACGGCGGAGUCAGCGCAAAGGACGACAUUAUCCGGCUGAAGGGGGGCGCGCACGUAAUUAUAGGGACCCCCGGGCGCGUUCUGGACUUUCUCUCACAGAAGGCCAUUGUCUUGGAUAAGUGCAUGCACCUUGUUUGCGACGAGGCAGACAAGCUUCUCAGCGUGGAGUUCCAGGAGGUGCUGUACGAGAUCACAGACAUGUUCCCGGAGAAGCGGCAGAUUGAAAUGUACUCCGCCACGUUUCCUGCGAUGAUACAGCACUACAUUGACAGGUACAUGCCGGACGUUGUCAAAAUAAACCUUAUGAAGGAGCUGACGCUGGCAGGAGUGAAGCAGUACUACGCGUACGUGAAGCCGGCAGACAAGCUGCACUGCCUGAAAACUCUUCUCACGUGCUUGGACAUAAACCAGUGCUUCAUUUUCUGCAACUCGAUACAGACCGUGGAGAAGCUUGCAAUGAAGAUCACGGAGCUCGGCUUCACCUCGUACUACAUACACAGCAAAAUGCGACAGGAGGACCGAAACCGCGUCUUCCACAACUUCACCUCGAACCAGGAGUGCCGGAUACUCGUGUCUACAGACCUGGUGACGCGCGGAAUAGACGUCCCCAGCGUGAACGUCGUGAUAAACUUCGACCUCCCGCAGAGCACCGAAAGCUACCUGCACAGAAUUGGAAGAAGUGGGCGAUUCGGCACCGAGGGCAUUGCCAUAAACAUGAUCACGCCCGAGAACACCUUCAAGAUGCGAGAAAUUGAGGGAGACCUGGAGAUUGAAAUGCUCCCCUUUUCCAACAAAAAGCACGAAGAAUCCACAGCGUAA